AUGGUACCAAUUCCAGCAUUUGGUUCUAGCGAAAUUGAAAUUAAUGAUUAUUUUGAUAACAAAAACAGAGUCAAUACUACACCCAUCACCAUUUGUUUAAAUAACCUGAAUGUGGAGCUAAAAGAUAAUUUUAAUAAACUAUUGUCAAGAUUAAAUGUAGCGGAAAGGAAACCAAACAAGAUGAUAUUGCGAAAUGUCAACACUAUAAUCAAACCAGGCCAAUUAACAGCAAUUUUAGGUGGUAGUGGUAGCGGUAAAACAACUUUACUAAAUACAAUUUCAGGUAGAUACUCCAAAAAAGAAAUGAAGGUUAAGGGAGACAUCCAAUUUAAUAAUUUUACACCAUCACCAGAUCUAAUUAGAAGAGCAGUAGGAUAUGUAAUGCAAAAGGAUUACCCAUUACCAAAUUUAACUGUAAGGGAAACUUUGAUGUUUUCAGCCUCCUUACGUCUACCUGACAACAUUAGUAAACAGGAAAUUGAGGAAAGGGUGGAGCGAAUCAUUUUAGAACUAAAUUUGAAAGACUGCGCAAAUACUAGAGUUGGUGGCGGUGGUGCAACAAGAACCGGUUGUUCUGGCGGUGAAAAAAGACGUUUGUCAGUAGGUUGUCAAUUAUUAACCGACCCAUCAUGCUUGUUUCUCGAUGAACCAACAACUGGUUUAGAUAGUUCAAUUGCAUUUGAAUUGAUCAAAACUUUAUCAAAAAUAGCUCAUAAACAAAAUCGAACUAUAAUUUGUACUAUACACCAACCUCAAGUUAAUAUUUUUAAAAUGUUUGAUCAGGUUAUCCUAUUAUCAAAGGGAAGAAUGGUAUAUAACGGCCCCAGUACUGAAAUGGUACAGUAUUUUACAUCCAUAGGUUAUCCAUGCCCACAAUUGCAAAACCCAGCAGAUCAUUAUUUGGAUAUAUGUUCAGUAGAUUACAGAAAUGAACAAUUAGAGGAGCAGUCGACCCAAAGAUUAGAAAAGCUAGUUAUCAACUACGAAGCGGCUGUUAUUGACAAAGAAUAUGUAAAUAAUCAAAACCUAAGUGAUCUUUUGAAUGAAUAUGCCCUAAAGUCACAACUCCGUUCAAAAAAAUCAUUUUAUAAGUGUGUACCUAUUUUAACUUUAAGAACUUACAAAAACCAUUUAAGAGAUGUUCCAGCAGCCAUUACUAGAGUUUCGCAAAUCGUUUCAUUUGGUAUCAUGAUGGCUCUAUGCUUCUUAAGAAUUGGCCACGAUCAACCUGGUAUUCAAAAUAUGACAGGUUUCCUAUAUCAAAGUUUAUCAUUAAUUUUUAUUGCCCUAUUAAGUUGUGUGGCCUUAUUUCCAACAGAAAGAAAUUUAUUUUAUAGAGAGAGAAACGAUGGGCUAUAUUCAACAUCAUCCUUUUUUAUUUCAUAUAUGUUUGUAGAAUUGCCUUUUAAUGUAAUUGGAACAUUAGGAUACUCGGCAGUGUGUUACUUUUCGAUGGGUUUAAAAAUGGAGGCGGAUAAAUACUUUAUGUUUUGUUUUGUAAUAUUUUUAUUAUUAUUCUCGGGGGAAUCAGUUGGGUUGUUUGUAUGCUCGCUAUUCUAUGAUGUAGGUCUAGCCACAACUUUUGCAAAUGUAUUUUUAUCAAUGUUCACAAUUUUAGCGGGUUUCUUUAGACCAACCGACCAAAUGCCCGCUGUUUUAAGAUAUUUCAACUAUAUACUACCCACCAAAUGGGCAGCAGAGGUCUAUAGUGUCAAUCAAUUAAAAGGUGAAGUGUAUACAUGUCCUGGUAAACAAUCGUUAGAUGGAGAAGGAAAGAUAUGCCCGGUAUCAAAUGGAGAACAAGUAUUGACACGACUAGGUUGGAUUGACGUAAAUAUCUAUCACUCUCUAGCUGUAUUAAUCGGUAUAUCAAUAUUUUACCGUUUAAUUGUAUUUAUAACCUUAAAAUAUAAUAGAAGAAAUACUGUACUAUAA